UAGAGAAGAAUCGAUGACGUAUACACAACCGCAUGAGUCGAAUUUGACAGUUUUCCUCUGUUUUUUCAGAAUUUAGUGAUUAUCUUACGUCUCUCAAGACCAAGGAUUUGACGAACAUGUCUUUCCAUAUGGCACACCCAUCAGUAAGAAUGAAAGGCUCUGAGGCAGACUGGGCUCCUGUCCAGUGCACAGACUCUGAGUGUACCCAAUCCACCAGAGGUCCACACUUGCAUUGUCCAUUCUGCCCCCAGGAGAGUCUCUUCACCGAUCAGGUCCUUCUCAAAGCUCACUACAGGGUCAAGCAUGUGGAUAAAGGAAUAGAUUUUGGGGGUCUCAAAAUUCUACGUUGCUGUCGUCCCUGCAUUGUCCAUGGCAUCAUCCAUGAGCAGAAGUGUUUUAAGGGUGCCCACUGGCACUGUUAUCACUGCCGAAACGGGUUCAGCAGGAGGGACGAGGCCACCAAACACUACCAGCAGCACUUCCGCCACCCAGAGACCACAAUACAGAUAGUCAUUACUCGGGAUGUCAACCAGAUCUUCACUACCUAUUCAAACACAGAGCCCACCAGUACUAGUCUUGUGACGCACCUCAUAGUGCCCCAGUCAAACCAGGCAGUUGAGGCGGACACGUCCGCUGACCCUGAGCAGACCGACGGGCAACAGGUUCAGUACCAAUACACUUGUGUCGAUGACAGUGACCAAAGCACCACUGAUCGCGAAGUUGUGCUCAUCGAGAUACCAGCAGAUGGUAACAAAGGGGACCUGGAGGCAGGGCCUUGCUGCACGGAGCACGACUUGUCUCUGCUGCUACAGGAGAAGGAGCAACUUGAGAAGACUCUCCAGGAAGAGAGGGCUAAGUGGGCCGAGAAGGAGCACCGGAUGAAAGGCACCAUUGACAGACUUCGCGCAAAGGUUGAGUACUUGUCCAACACAAACACCUCGCUCAAACAGCAGCUGUCGAUGAUGCACACGUCCAGUCUGAAGCGACUGACCCACAAUGAUGACCACCAGUCCAUCUUGGAGGAGUUGGUGCAGCACAUGUCAGAGGAACACAACCAGCUGCUACAUCACCACCUGGCACAGCUGCGGCUCUUUGCCGAAGCCUGCAACCUGUCCAAAGUGGGCCGGGAGGAGCCGUCCGCAUCCAAGCCAGACUCGGUCCUGGUGUCAGGCCUGGCGGACCAGUCGCAAAACAUCUCACAGAUGACAAUAAUGCCAUCCUCUGAGGAUGCCUUGGGAACAAUGGAGCAGACAGUUGUCAUGACGAUAACGGCUGAGGAGAACUCUGAAGCACUUACAAGUGUCGUGGGCAGUCAAGAGAAUUCUGUGGAGCCCGACACCUUGUCAUUUGACAAGGAUGUCCAAAUGUCACCAAAUGACAUUCCAUACCAACUGACGGGCAAGGGGCUGUCACCAAAGAGCAGUACCUCUGAAUCAGGACAUUUAUACCAGUCAAAUGUCGCCCAUUCCCCUCACCGUGGGAGCUGUGGCAUGACACAGCCCCACUUCCCCAAGGACAAAAGUCUGAAACUUAUGCUGUCAGAAGGUUCGCCAAAAAUAUUCUGUGCAGACAGCUUUGAUAAGAGGACAUUUGAAGAUGACAUUUCUAAUGAGGGACCUCCGUUAAAGCGACAGAUGACCAGUGCCCUCAAAGCCAGUUGACCCAAUGACCAGAAUCAUAGGAAGAUGUAGAAUUAUCACCCGAGUUGUUACCAGGGAGUCUUUUUCACUUUUUUUAUUUCACAGCAUUCAUGUAUAUCAGCAUUGUUUUUCCAGAACUUCUUGGUAGCUUUGGCAAAAAUCUUUCAGUGUUGUGCUGUUGAAGAGUUCUUCUUUUACCCCUCCGUGCAAGGAUGCAACCAAGUUAUCAUAUUAGUCAAAAUCAAAUGACCCCCAAGUGUCUGUGCACCUAGGUAAAUCAAGUGGAAGGAAUUUUGACUGACUUUUACAGGAAAACGUUUGUGUAUGAGAUUCUGCUCAAUUGGAAGGAUGAAUAAAUGAUUGAUAAACAUAAAUGUGUGUAAGACAAA